AUGAUUGAAAAUAAGUGGACAGUAAAGGAAUAUAUAACUUACAGUCUUUUAACACUUGUUUUUCUUUCAUCAUGGACAGAUAUUAAUGGUAUAUUUGCUGAAUUACCACAAAUUAUUUUAACUCAACCAGAACGUUGGAAACUUGGCGCAUAUCUUGCACUUAUUACAAACUUUGGUAAUAUUGCACCAUUAACACUUGUUAUUAUAAAAUGUUUAAGUAAAAAACGUACACUUAAUUCUAUUCCAAUAAAUUAUGUUGUUAUUAGUAUUGGUAUGUUAUCAUGUUUUCUGCUGAUUUUCUUUUGGCAACGUACAGCAAUAAUAAAAAAUCAAAAUUAUAGUUUAACACUUCUUAUACUUGCAUUUUUUCUAUCAUUACUCGAUUGUACAUCAUCAGUUUCAUUUGCUGAUUAUAUACAAAAAUUUCGACGCGAAUUUACAAGUGCACUUUUUCUUGGGGAAAGUUUAACAUCAGUUAUACCAAGUUUAUUAGCGAUUGGACAAGGGAAUGGUCAACUUUAUUGUACAUCAUCAUUAAUUAAUGGAACAAAUACAACAACUGCUGUUUAUAAAACUGCACGAUUUUCAGUUUCAAUUUAUUUCUUAUGUUUAUUUAUACUUUUAACAAUUUCAUUUAUUGCAUUUAUACUUUUACAAUGGACAAAAAUCGCACGAAAUUCACGUCAAUUUAUAUCGAAAACAAAUGAAGAUAAUAAUAAUAAUGAAACUGUAAAUACACUUGUCGAACAACAAGAUGUUACUACUAUUCCAUCUGAAUCAUUUCAGUUAACUAAAACAUCCUACCUUCUUCUUUCAUUUGGAUGUACAUAUACAAGUUCAAUUCUAUUCGGAAUGCUUCUUUCCAUCUCAACAUAUGUUCUAAUGCCAUAUGGACAUCGAAUAUUUUAUCUUGGAACAAUUUUAUCACCAUGGAUGUUAACAUUAAUUUGGAUUUUAGGUAUGAUAAAACCUAUAAUAUCUAAACGUUAUAUAUUAUUAUUUAUUCUAUUGGGUACAAUAACAUUUUCAUUUGAUUUAUAUGUCUCAUUUAAAAGUCCAUGUCCACCAUUUGUUAAUACAACAAAAGGUAAUAUUUUUAUUUUAUUUAUUUGGCUUAGUACUUAUGUAUUAUUGGGAUAUCCUCGUUUAAUUAUUGCAAAUUAUGUUCGAAAUUAUUCAUCAAAUGGAAUGUUUUGGUAUGGUGUAAAUGUUCAAUUAGGUGCAUUAAUUGGUUCGAUUAUAGCUUAUCUUUUAAUAGAAACAUUUUCUCUACUUCGUGAAUGUAUACCUUGUGAAAUACUUCAUUGUUAA